GCUCACCCCUUGUUUCUUGGAACUUACUGUUUGCGUGCUCGUGCCCGAGCCUGGGUGGCUGCGUAAUUGCGCGUGGCCUUGCUCCCUGUGACACUCGGGAGGAUUGAACCUUCCCGACCUGAACGUAGAUGUUCCGAUUUCAGUCCCUGGAUGAGGACUGCACCCUGGAGGAGGAGGUUGGCCCAGUAGAGGAGGAAGAUGAGAUCGACCAGUUCAACGACGACACAUUUGGUGCCGGCGCCAUCGAUGACGACUGGCAGGAGGAGCACAAACGCCUCGCUGAGCUCGACCAGCGUGUGUGGGACGGUUUAGGAGGAGGAGGGAUGGGCGGAGGAGGAGGAGGAGGUGGUGUAGGGAUGGGAGGAGGUGGAGGAGGAGGAGAAAGAGGAGCCGGGGACGCCUCCUCGAUGCAUCUCCCUCCUCCUGCAGGCCACCUCCCCUCCUCCAUUCCCCCUCUCCUCUCCUCCUCCUCCUCUCUGCCUCCCCCGGGCCUAGAGGAGCGAGGGGGGGGCGACUUCGCAGAGUCCCUGGCCAGGCUCAUCCUCGGGGCGGACCCGGCCAUCACCGGCGUGGGGCCGGCCGGUCCCGACUGCUCCAGGGGCCUGCCGCCCAUGCUCCUCCACCCCCAGCUGCCCCCCCCCGGGGGCUCCCUAGGGCCCCACCACCUCUCCCUCCUCAGCUACCAGCAGCAGCAGCAGCACCUUCGCAGACCCACCCCCCCCAUGCAGCAGGUGAACUCUCACAGUAUCUGGGAGAACAGCAUGGGCUUCGGUCCGGUCAGCAUCACCCCUGUCCUGGGCACUCACAUGGAGGACAGUCCUCUCAUGUCCAUCAUCAAGGAGGUGGGGCUUCCCAAGCGGCCUCCUCCAAUGAGGAAUGAUGAGGGGCGGGACUUGUCUGAGAGGGUCCCUCCUCCACGCUCGUCCUCUCCUGUGAUAGGUAGCCCACCUGUGAGGGCUGUGCCUAUCGGGACUCCGCCCAAACAGCCAAUGAGUCAUGCCCUAAACCAUCAGAUCCACCACCCAACUGCGGUUCAUGUGCGAGCCCCGGUCCAGCAUCGCUACCCUCCUCCCUUCCCAGACCGCCUCUCCCCCAACACCCUGCUCAACAUCGCUGCUUCUAAGUUCUCCUGUGUCUCGUUCCAGAACUCCCCCCUGUGCCGCCCCCCGUUCCCCGGGGGCGUGGGGCCGGUUCUGUCCCAGAUCCAGAGAGCUCAGAUGCUCAACGCUCAGGUGGCAGGGUUUCCCAGGGGGGGCCCUCCACCUCCCAUGUUACCAGGCGGGGGGGGAUUCAGACCGUUCUUCGGCCAGCCGCUCCACCGCCUGGGCCCGCCCCACCCUCCGCUCCCCAACCACACCCCCAUCAGACACAACACCACCCACCUGCACCCCCAGCACCGACGCAUGCUCACCCAGAGGAUGCAGAGCAGAGGAGGAGGGGACAGAGGGGUGAGGGUGGGAGACAGGCGGAGCAGGGACCCUUACAGUAACCUGAUGACCCAGAGAGAGAAGGAGUGGGUCGCCAAGAUUCAGAUGAUGCAGCUGCAGAGCACUGACCCCUACCUGGACGAUUACUACUACCAGAACUACUAUGAGAAGAUGGAGCGGAGGCAGGAGAGAGACAGAGACAGCAGCAGGAAGGAGCACAGCACCAAGCUGAUCACCCCUCAGGUGGCCAAGCUGGAGCACACCUACAGACCAGUGCAGUUUGCAGGCUCGCUGGGUAAGCUGACGGUCUCCAGCGUCAACAACCCCCGCAAGAUGAUCGACGCCGUGGUAACCACACGCACGGAUGACGAGGAGAAGAGGGAGAAGCAGGUGUGGAACAAGAGACGACAGAUCCUCUACACUGUGGAGAAGAUGUACAGCCUGCUGCUGGAGGUGCAGGACUUUGAGAAGCGCUUCCUGCAGACUCCAGAUGAGCAGCGGGAGGCUCUGAUAGAGCAACACAAGAGCAACACAAUGCAGCUCUCCUCCUCCCUCAGAGAGAAGGAGUGGGAAGACAGAGUGAGUGAUGAACAGUGUCUGAUGAUCAUGUCCGUCAGGAAGGGGAAACGCCUCAUCUCCAGGCUCCUCCCCUUCCUGCCCCAGCCCCAGGCCGCCGCCGUUGUCAUGGCGAUAGCCCGCAACAUGCCCGCCCUGGCCAAGAAGGACAAGCAGGACCAGGCGCUCUGCUGGUUGGUGGAGCCGGUUGCCAUAGUUAUCCAGUCCCUGUCAAGCCCCGCCCUCACGGACGUGCUGCAGGAGCUGCAGGGCACUGAGGGACAGCUGGCCUCCGUCCUGCAGAACAAGUUUGGAGUGACGUUACUGUACCUUAUCCUCAGUAAGGGAGAGAGGAUGCAGAGCUCAGACCCCAACUGUCAACUCAUGGACGACAACCGAUGGACUGAGCUGGUGUUCUCUGUGACCAGGGAGCUGCUAAACGUGCCCUCCUCCUCCCUGUCUCCCCCUCUCUUCACCCCUCCCAACCUGCUGUCGCUCUUCUCUCGCUACGUCGACCGUCAGAGACUGGAGCUGCUGCAGGACAAGCUACAGAUUACUGCGUUGUCCAGGUAGAAGUGGCUCAACACAUCAAAAACCCAUCCCUAAAGUUUAGUGUGUGUGUGUGCGAGAGAGAGAAAGGAUGCCUAGGGUUGUUGAUUUUAAUCCAGAAGAAAAUCUGUUGUCACUUUUUUUUUGUUUUUUUGUUUUCUUUGUUAGUAAUGUAUGCACGAUGUGGCGAGAGAUGGAAAGUUGGAGCUGAAAGAGAAUUUAAUCUGCAUUUUUAAAUAUCUUGUUAAUGUUGAUGCCUGUUAUAAACAUCGAAUUAAAAGUAUUUCUAUUGUA